UCAUGGGAUCAAUCUCACUUAAAUUACUUUGCUAGAGGGAAGGAAUACAAAAAUUUAUCUUUUGAGAAAUUUCAGGAUAAAAUUUUUGAAAUUGAGAAUGAUAGCGGUGAUGUAUCUGGAAUCCCCGGAUUGGAAAAUGGAAAAGUUUUGUCGAUAGGAUGGUGGGCCAAUAAUGCUUUGAUCCUAGGAUUUCAAAAUGGUUCGGUUAUUAUUGCUAGUCUCCCAGAUAUGCGUAAUAUAUUAGGCGACUCUCCUGAAACUUUUAAAUCUUGCUAUGAGAUCACCUGCCAAUGUAAUAACUGUUUUUUAGUAAUUGAACAUGAGGUCAAAUCAAUCAGAGCUCGUGUUCAUGGCGGUAACAUAAUAUCAUAUUCAAGAGCACAAGAAGAGGAUGAAAUGGAAGAUGAUGGAUUUGAAGAUUCCACGUCACAAAUGGGUAGAUUGAUGUCUGCAAUUACAAAUUCCUUGCAUUAUGUAACGGAUACAUUUUUGUGGCAUUUUGAAAAUGAUUUUUCAACUAUACGUGGUAGAUUUAUCACAAUAUCAAAAAGGACAUUUCAACUUAAUCGUAUAUGUAAAAUCUUGCCUCAGGAUUUACUCUGUCGCAAAAUAAGCGCUCUUGAAUAUGAUGAUGCGUUGGUAAUUGCCAAAACAUAUAGCCUUGACACAGAUAUAAUAUAUCGAGCCCGUUGGGAAGAUGCAGAGGUCUCUGAAACAGCUAUUCACGAUUACCUUGAUAAAAUUCAUGAUAAAGAAUGGGUGUUAGCUGCUUGUUUCAAUAGAAUAACCAAAAAUCCUCAAAUAAUCCGACUUUUAUUAUGCUACGGAUUGGACCAUACAGAUAUUCUAGAUGAAAUUUUAGACAACGAUAAUGUUUCCGCUACUGAUAAUUUGAUCAAACAGAAAUUGCGAGAAAAUCCUUUGGAAGUCGAUUCAGAUGUUCAAAAAUUUCUGAAUAAUAUUGAAUUGUCAGAAAAACAAAAAACCUUUUGCAAAUGCCGGUAUUAUUUCUUAAAGUAUUUAGAUAGGUUAUGUACAUAUGAACGAAUUGUGGAAGAGAAAACUAGACGAGAUAUCGAAAAUGGGUCCAUGGACUCAUUGGAAGAAAAUGGGGGUUGGAUCACAUUCAUAGACUAUAAUGCGACAUUUGCUGAGGAUUAUGCAAUAUUUCGUGAUGUACAUAUCGCCGCUCAAGCAAUGGAUUUCGCAGCUGAUGAGUUCUUCAAUGGUUUGAGUGUUCUGUUUACACGUCAUGGGGACGAGAUGUUGCCUUACCGGUUUACCAUUCUUGAACAAAUACCUGAGACAGCUGAUCCUGAUGACUAUGAAUCUUUUUUACCAAGAGUUGGUUCAAAUGAUGGUGCCGAACUCUCAGAAUGUUUAUGGCAUCAAGAACCAUGGAGAGUUUAUGAUUGGGUUGAAAAUCCUAUAUUAAAGAAACAAAUACUACAAGAAGAGCCAGAGGAAUGGGACUUUGAUGGGAUUUUAAUGAAAUCAGUUCCAUAUCCUGCUUCCUCUUCUUACAUAACUCAAUGGUAUAUUGAUCGAGCACACAAAAUUGACAAUUCUUCGGGACAAGUGGAUAAAGCUUUAUCUCUCGUCAGUUACGGUAUCAAAAAAAAUGUAAAGAAUUUAGAAACUUUGGAAGAAGACCUUCAUAUGUUAUCACAACUUGUUUAUGAGUGUUAUCCGUCAUCAAAUGACAAAAUAAUCAUGACAUUGAAUGAAUUUGAAGCUCUAACGGAAGAAGAAAUCAUCCAAACUUUCUUACGACAUACUGACGAAACGCGGAUUGUGAAUGAUAUCAGGCUUUACAUAAUACCGUUUCUUAAACUGCUACCUGAACGCCGUGCUCGAAAAGCAGAACUCAUAGAUAAAAAUGAUAAAUAUUUACAUCCAAUGGACUUAUUAUACAAAUAUAUAUUAGAUCUUUCAUCGUCUCAUUUGGAUUGGUGUUGUCUUCUUUUUGAAGCUUCUAAGCCAACUAUAACAUCUGAGGAGCUCGUUAUAACGUCUGACGAAGAUUUAGCCAAC